AUGGACAGGUUGCACUCCUCCAUGCGUAAAAGGCUCUACAGUUUGCCACAGCACAUUGGGCAGAGAGCAUCUAUAAGCGAAGGAGAAGACGCAGACAAGGACACCCGGAGGAAGAGUAUCAGGAUGAAGCCUCUCCCGUCACCGUCGCCGACCUCUGGGGGAAGCUGCAAAGGCAUCGGAGAGACCAAAAGUGGGGAGUCUGGGAUCAUGGAGACAGACAUAGGGAGACCGAUGAAGACCAGCUCAAAUGGAGACUGUCGGAGGUUUCGAGGCAGCCUUUCGUCCAUCACAAGUCGGCAUGUGCACGACUCUGACUCGGCGGAGGAGAGGCGCCUCAUCACCGAGGGGGAUGUCACCCCGAGCGAGGAGAGCCCCCCCGGAGCCAUCGGUGAUGGGCCGCCGGAUCAAGACGCGCAAGGGGCCAGCGGUGGUGGUGGAGGAGGCGGCGGCGGCGGUACUCAAAAAGAUUCCCCAGACCAGCAGCCAGGGUUCAUAAAGUUGGACGGCAUUGAUCAAAUUCUGCCGGACGAUGAGAGAUUAUAUCAGGCGGGGUUCAUACACAGACAGCUUGGAGCGAUGCUUCAACCAGGGGUCAACAAGUUCUCCCUGAGGAUGUUUGGGAGUGAGAAGGCAGUGGAAAGGGAACAAGAGCGGGUUAAAUCCGCCGGAUUUUGGAUAAUUCACCCAUACAGUGAUUUCAGGUUUUACUGGGACUUGACCAUGCUGCUGCUGAUGGUGGGCAACCUCAUCAUCAUCCCCGUUGGCAUCACGUUCUUCAAAGACGAGCACACGCCUCCUUGGAUCGUGUUCAACGUGGUAUCCGACACCUUUUUCCUCAUGGACCUGGUCCUCAACUUCAGGACGGGAAUCGUCAAGGAGGACAACACAGAGAUCAUCCUGGAUCCGCAACAGAUCAAGAUCAAGUACUUGCGGAGUUGGUUUGUGGUGGACUUCAUCUCCUCCAUCCCUGUGGACUACAUCUUCCUCAUCGUGGAGACUCGCAUCGACUCAGAUUUCUACAAGACGGCGCGAGCCUUGCGGAUUGUCCGCUUCACGAAGAUUCUCAGCUUGCUGCGGUUACUGCGUCUCUCCAGACUCAUUCGCUACAUCCACCAAUGGGAAGAGAUCUUCCACAUGACAUAUGACCUGGCCAGCGCCAUGGUGAGGAUAGUCAACCUGAUCGGCAUGAUGCUGCUGCUGUGCCACUGGGAUGGCUGCCUGCAAUUCCUGGUGCCCAUGCUGCAGGACUUCCCCGCCGACUGCUGGGUGUCCAAAAAUAAGAUGGUGAACGACACGUGGGGACAGCAGUACUCCUACGCACUUUUCAAAGCUAUGAGCCACAUGCUGUGUAUUGGGUAUGGCAUGUACCCCCCGGUGGGCAUGACAGACGUGUGGCUGACCAUCCUCAGCAUGAUCGUGGGUGCUACCUGCUACGCCAUGUUUGUCGGCCACGCCACGGCGCUAAUCCAGUCCCUGGACUCCUCUCGAAGACAGUACCAGGAGAAGUACAAACAGGUGGAGCAGUACAUGUCCUUCCACAAGCUGCCAGCAGAUAUGAGGCAGAGAAUCCACGACUACUACGAGCACCGUUACCAGGGCAAGAUGUUCGACGAGGAGAGCAUCCUGGGAGAGCUGAACGAGCCGCUGCGAGAGGAAAUCAUCAACUUUAAUUGUCGUAAGCUGGUGGCGUCCAUGCCUCUGUUUGCCAACGCGGACCCCAACUUUGUCACCUCUAUGCUCACCAAGCUGAAAUUUGAGGUGUUCCAGCCCGGGGAUUAUAUCAUCAGGGAGGGUACCAUCGGCAAGAAGAUGUACUUCAUACAGCACGGGGUUGUCAGCGUGCUAACCAAAGGCAGUAAAGAGACCAAGCUUUCAGAUGGCUCCUACUUUGGAGAAAUUUGUUUACUGACUCGAGGCAGAAGGACAGCCAGUGUUCGAGCAGACACAUACUGCCGUCUGUACUCACUGUCUGUGGACAACUUCAAUGAGGUGCUGGAGGAGUAUCCUAUGAUGAGACGAGCCUUUGAGACCGUUGCAUUGGACAGACUGGACCGUAUUGGCAAGAAAAACUCCAUCCUGCAACACAAGGUGCAACAUGACCUCAACUCUGGUGAGCUCAACUACCAGGAGAACGAGAUCAUCCAGCAGAUUGUGCAGCAUGACAGGGACAUGGCCCACUGCGCCCAUCUCUUCCAGAACGUCCCACCUCAGUCUCCUCCCUCACCUACCCCUGUCAUCUGGGCCCCCCUCAUCCAGGCCCCUCUCCAGGCAGCAGCAGCCACAACCUCAGUAGCCAUCGCCCUGACGCAUCAUCCCCACCUUCCACCAACUCUUUUCAGGCCUCCUGUUUCUCUACUUGGUUCCCUAAAGGACCCUUCCAGUCGCCUCAAGAAGUUCCCCACAUUUGUUCCUCCAUCCCCAGCACCUGACUCUGCUGGGAACUCUCCCUCUGGCACACCCUCUAGAGCGCGCUCUGUGGUGGACAUGUCAUUGCUGGCCUCUUUUAGGGCCCAGCAUAUGACAUCAGGUACAAAUGCAACUGGCUCCAGUCAGCAGGCCUCAGGUGUCUCAGCCAACCAUGGACCUAGUGGGGGUGGCUCUGGGUCCAGUGGAGGAAGGGGGGGCACUGCCUUUCCUUUUGGACCAUUCUCUUCCUCUGAUUCACCCUCAUCCAGUAUGGCUCAGCUACACCCACAACCCCAGAAUCAACAACCCUUCCGCUCCAGCACCCCGCCUCUAUCAAACCUCUUUCAUCAAGGAUCCACAGGUGGCAGCACAGGUUCAGGGAUAAGUGGGGGGGCAGUUGGAGCCUGUAGCGGUGCAACAGGGUGGUCAUCAGGCAUAGCGGAAGGAGCCAGCGGGGGAGACACUUCUUGGGCUGGAGAGGACUUUACAACUGGAACAACAGAAGUGACUCCUGGGGGGAACUUUGGGUUGGGAGUAGCUGCUUGUGGCUCAGUUGGCGAGAUCUCAGGAGAAUCAAUGGGAGGGGUAUCUGAAGGAUCUGUGGUUGCCCCAUGUGGCAAGUUAGCAGGUGGGGCAUCAGUUAUAUCAGGAGGGAGCACCUUAGGGCCAUUUGGAGAUGCAACCAGAAGAUCAAUAACAGGGACUUCUAGAGGAUCAUUAAAAAGAGCUUCAAGGGGAUCAGUGGGAGGGGCUUCUGGAGAAUCACUGGUAGUGACUGCCACUGGUGGAUCUUUAGGGAGGGUUCCUGGUGGAUCGAUAGGAAUGGUUUCUGGGGUAUUAACAGGUGGAACUUCUGGGGGAUCACUUAUAGGAACUUCAGGCGAUUCAGUGGUAGGGAAUCCUGGAGCAUCAUUUGGAAAAAGUUCUGUUGGAUCAACAUCUAGCCAUAUUGGUGGAGGUUUAAGUGGGCCAGGGGGAGGGAUGAUGGGUGGACACGCAAGUAGAGCAGUAGGAGGGGCAGUAGGGAGCCAUAUAGGAGGGUCUACAGCUUGUCCUGUAGGGGGAACCUCAAGUGGAAUUACAUCUGGACUUAUUAACUCCUCUCGCUGUCAGAGUCCCAUAUCUACUAGCUCGUCUAGUUCUACGCCUAGUCAGCUUCUCCAUAGCCAGCCACCUCCCAAGCCUCCUCAGGUGGCUCCUUUGCAGCAGUUUGCCGGAGGGGGCAGGACUACGAGUGGCUUAAACCUCUUCCAUACCCCUCCACAAGGGUCCCCAUCCUCAAGUAGAGGACAGCACAGUCAACAGCCUGCUGAGGGUUCUCCAUCUGCCCUGAGCCACUUCAGUCUGACAGGCCUUCAGUCUGGCUUUCUCCCUCACCAGGUGUCCAUGGAGAGGUCUGCCCUGGCCUCCUUGGCCCAGUACGGUUCAGCAAAUGCCUCCCCCUGCCUUACCCCAGUGGCGCCCAGCCCUACUAUUCAAAGUCCAGUGGCCGGCAGGACUUUCCACUACAGCGACCCCUCCAGUGCCACAGGAUCCCACAGUUCUCUGCUCAUGCCCCAGUCAUCUCUCCCUUCACAGCUUCCCAGCCAGCCACAAACAACAGGAAGAGAUUCCCCGCUGGGCCGCUUCUCUGAGGACUUGAAGCUUUUAUCCAGCUCACACACAUCUUUGCAUCAAGAGGUAGCCCAGGCAUUAGGCCACCAUACUCCUCCACCCUCCGUGGAAACUGGAUAUUACCCUUCACCUUUUUCAUCACCCACUUUUGUGCCCAAACCCUGUAGCUCAGUGCCAGGGCGCAUGACUCCUCCAAUCCAGAUGUCUCCGGGGCACCCGCACCAGACUCAGUCCACUGGGACCUCCCCAGCCUCGCAUCUACAGAGGGGCUCAGUUGCCUACUCAUCAGAUCUAGAACCUCAAACUGUCCGCUCUAAACUUCCCUCUAAUUUGUGAGAAUAAUCACACCCUCCUGUGCUCCUCCAAAGUGAAGCACACACAAACUAUCUCCAAGUGUGGCUUUGUUUUCUUUCUGUCUUCAGACUUCACUGUGUUUCACCUCUCAUUUUACCAAGAUCUUACAUUACUGUGAUUUAAAGACGCUUUACUGGGUAACUCAGAAGUAUACACUACCCAGUAUUUACUUUAUGUGUCCUCCUUUUUUUAAGUAAUACAUACUGUGUAUAGAUAAGAUAUAUUUAAAAGAUAAGUUAAUCAGAGGACUAGGAGGGUGUGACAAAUGAUCUCCAUUUAAAGGACAGACAUUUUCUUUAUAUAACUAUGCCAAAUUCAUCCAGUGAUGUUUGGGAAGACAUUCAGUGGACUCCACAAUAAUACUCUUUUUUUCAGCAGGAACCUAUGCACUAAUACCUGCAUGUAUAAAGGCUUUUUGUGUGUUUCAAAAAAAAGUAUCUACAUUUUUAGCAAAAACAACAUGCUUCAUGACAGGCUGACUCUUAUACCAUGUCAUACAGGAUCACAUAUUGUUGAUCCUUAAAUGUAUCUAUUAGAUUGUAAUUAUUUAUCAAGUGUAUACAAUUUUCAAAACUUUAUGAGAGAUGGAGAAGAGAUUUUAGAAAACCAAAAAUAAUUUUCCUGUGGGGUAAUAAUUCAGCUCCUCUCUGCCCUUCAAUCCUCAUUUUAUACCACUUUAUCGUAAGCUUGAAGGAAGGAGGUUCAACGAGCAAACCCUCCAUCUCAAUAUCCACACGUAACAGUUUGUGAGCGACUGCCUUUCUGCAGAGUCCUCGACCAUAUCCUAACAAGCUCACUUCGUCUUCCAAGCCCAUGCCGCUAAUGUGCGUAGAGAAGGUGUUGUUUUUCUUCCUGACUGUGUGAAACUGUUGAGUGCUGGAGAGAGUAAGAGUGUCUAUUUCAGCGGAGCAGUCGGAUGCAAGGCUAGACUUUUCCCUGGACUGAUCAAAAGACAGCUUCACAAAAUACAAGGACUUCCAUUUACCACAGCUUGUGUUGCAUGGUGAAGCACUCAGACCAUGGGAAAUCAAAAACUGUCAAACACAUAAUAGCCCCUAAUUCAGAUUUUACAGUCAGAUCAAAUACAGUGAAAACAGUACACAGACACAUGAAAUAUGCCACGAGGGAUUAGAUUUUUUUUUUGCAUUACUUUAACAGUAGCUGCAAACGUGUUUCUUCAUUUAAAGUGAGGGCUGAGUAAGAGAUAUUGAAUGUAUGCACAUUUUUAUGAUGCUAAAAGUAAGUACUCUAGCUAUUGUAGAUGCACUGAAGGCAGGGAGACUGUUCCAUAUAAAAAAAAAAAAGUCACUGGAUCCAAAUCGUUGUCAGAUACUUUCAUCAGCAGCCAUUUCGUCUGCAAAAGUGUCCUUCAGCAAGAUACAGAACCAAUAAUGACAAAUUGUAUCAAGGCAAUCUGGAUCUGUGACUCAGUACUUCAGGUCAGUAAGCCUCAAGCAGCCCACUCUUUAAAGCAUAUCCUGCAAGAAAAAUAGUACCCUACUGUCGCCCUGCUUGUGAGACUCUGAGCAAAAUAACAUUCUCCUUGUUUUCUUUUUGCACAACAAGGUGCAUGAUGACCUUUGACUACCAUUGGUUUUUUCCACAAUGAAAAUCUAAAAUAUCGAGAAGAUUGUCAGAUAGUUUUGACUGCUUUCGUUGUGUUUUUAAUAACAUACAUUGAUUGAUGCUGAUUAAGCUGUCGGAAAUCAAAGGUGGAAAUGGAUCCAUCAAUAUCUGUUUCUUCAUUCAGGAUCUGAAGGUACACUCAGACAGCCUUACCGUGGUUGAGCUAACUGAAUACAUGGGAAAGAAAGGUAUCACUGAACUCCCAUAGGAGGAGAGCGACGACAUGCUUCUGCAUGUUUGGCUGUAGCUCAUCACCAAGACAGACCUGGUUCCACUCAGACAGCUGGGUCCCCUAACUCAGUCACAGCACUCAGCCACAGCAGCCUAAUUUAACAAGACAUGCCUGUAAUCUCUUGACCCUCGCAGGCUAUCAUGGUCUCACACACAGAGGUGCACAGUGACCAUGCUCUUCUCUCAUUACAGCUCCCACAGGUCCAGAUAACAACCCAUAGCUAUACACGACAGGACAUAUAGCUGCACUAAUGCACAUUUCCUACUUUUAAUGCACAACAUUUUAUGUUAUAGAAAAUAUCCUACAAUAUAUUUCCGGAAAGUGAGUCUUUGACAAAUUGAUUUAACCUUAUUUUUCAAAGUCAGAUCAAUCAAACCAUUUAUUUUUUUCCAUAAUGAAUCACGCUUGCAAGCUCUACAAGAUUUUGAGGCAAUACUGUCAAUGAAAAACCAACAACUUCCUUCUUAUAUAAAUCGUAAGGGAGUCUCCAUUCAUGAGUUGAUUUUAUGCUGUGCUGUGGAUGAUUUGAUACAAUUCCAGUGACUUCAUAAUAAUGUAUUUCUGUGUCUUGAUUUAUAUAACUGGUUAAUUGUAGACAUUAUUAUAAGACAUCCAGAUUAUUCCAGUACACGAUAAAACAAUUCUAAUUCUGUACUUGGGCAAAAGCAUGCCAAACAACAUCUAACUGAGAGACGUCCAGGAAUGAUUUCUGUUACCAUUAUAAUGGAGCACCAUUUUAUUUUUUUAUGUUGGUAGCAAGAACUCUAUGAUUAUUGUGCUUAUCAUUAGAAAAAAACCGCUGUGUUAGAUUACGAAGGUGACAAGAAGAAAGAAUCACAGUUUUUAACAGAGUAGGCUUUAAUGAUGUCUGAAGCAGUGUUUUGUUUCACACUCAGUCUAAAUCUGAAAGCUCAGUGAAAGGCUCUGUGAAAUUAUCAUUAGUCUUUUGCUUCAUGGUCGGAAGCUUCAGCCUCUUUUUUUCUUUUUCCCCCUCCCACCACUCAGAGGGUCCAGGGGAUGCAGGGACAGAGGCAGCAGAGUGUAAAUACAUUGAACAGUUUCACCUCUGGAAUACUGAUCGUCUGCAAACAGUGUAGGUGUUUAAACCCUGGUUUUCCUUCUAGCCUUGCACUGAACAAAAGUAGACAAACUGCUAUACCUCCCACUUGGGGAAAAAAUACCCUUUUUUUCCUCGCAAUGUGACCUUUUGAAGGUAUGAAGAGCAGUCUGAAGUUCAUCUGUGAGAAAAAGGUGCACACAUGAGGAUACAUUGAGGCACUGAGGGGAACGAUGAAUCUGAGUUUCGGCCAAGGAGAGGAGAGGAGAGGUAGAGAGGUCACUGUUCCUCGGGGAGGCCCCCUGCCUUAUUGUUGUCCCUGUAUGCCAGUGGAUGUUUGUUGGUGUGUUAUUGAUUGGGAGGGAAAGCCCCGACUAGAGCUAAGUAGCCACUGUAGCAGCCAGUGGGUGUGUGUAGCUGGCAGGGUCGAUUGGUAGAGGCUGGGCUCUGAUGGGGGAGGGUGGAAUGGGGAGGCAGAGGUCAUAGCUGAGGGAGAGAGUGACAAUGGACAGGGAUUGAUUAGUCGGCCUGAAGUCAGUCUGGUGCAUCAUCACAGAUAAGUGGUUUCAGGGAGUGUGUCCACUGAAGCCAUUAUUGUAAGUAAGUAAGCAAACACAAUCCACAUGAAGUCCAGUCUGUUUCAUCUGAGCCCAUGUCUCCUGCAGCCUCACGUGUAGCAUGAUAAAGUUUACAGACUGUGUUUUUAGAGGAAUCAGCUGGAAAUAUAGGUAGACCUCGCAGUUUUUGGGGAAAGAAGAGAAUAAAGGAAUAGAACUGUGACUCGCUUUCUCAUGCAGGGGACUGUUUUCUUUACAUCUCUCUGUCUAAACAUGAGGAGAAACCAGCUGUAAGAGAACAGCAGGAGAAAUAGCAAUGAAGGGCAGUUGAAGGAUCAUAACAGCUGCCAGUGUUGUGUCGAAAGCGCUGCCAGGGUGUCUGUUCAGAAAUCAGUUCAGAGGAAAUAGUGGGAAAGCUCCUGACAUGUCUGUUGUUGCUUUGAUUUUGCAAAGUAUUGUUGUCAUCUUAACAUCCUACAUUGGUUGGGAUUGAUUGCUCUAUUUGAAGUCAAUCUCAUUUAGGUCAGGGCUAUUCAAGGCUUGAGAAUGAAACGGAGGAUUUUGUGGGUAUAAUAGAAAUUCAUCACGUCUGGCAGGAGUUAUUAAUCUCUCCUCUGCCUAAGGCCAUACCUGGCUCUGGCCCUGUUGUUGGCUCUAGGUAGAUGUGUUGUGAAGCAGCCAGCAGGUUUGUAGUUCAACCCACCCUCCUAUUGCAGAUCCUUGGUGCAGCUCCACAUGGCACCUCUGUACCAUUUCCAAUUCAUGGUUGUUUCUGAUGCGCAGCAUUUUCAGAUUCUGUUUGGUGCACUUCCAAUUUCACUGCCUAAUCUUAGCACCCAUCCCCCCCUCUCUCCCCUUUCUGCUGUCCUACUCGCCCAUAAAUAUGCGUAGUUUAAUCAGCGAUGCACACUGAUGAAAUCAUUUGCUGUGAUUGAGGAUUAGAUGUAGCAGCGGUGGAAUCGAACCUGCAAUUUCUCUAGGGAGAAAAAGGCGUGGUUUUUUUUCCUGGUUGUUCAUUCAUGGCCACACAAUCCUUUCACAAACAUUCCAUUUAUUUAAGUCACAAGCACCUGGAUCAGGUGCUGUGUAUGACAGUUUACCUCAUUGUGAUUAGAUAUGAAAUUGCUCAGUGUGGUGAUAAGUUGCGUUUACAGUAGCAUCUAAUACAGCUGACCUCUUUUGCUGCUGGAAUAACAUAACAGUCACAAAGUGGGCUGUUGGACAGUGUAACCUGGAUGUGACCCAGUUUAGUGAUACCACCUACAGGGGGGAGUAGACAAAAAUCACUCUUGAGUGUGGUCUGUCAGAGAUAAAGCUCUAUGCAGAUGACUUACAGGAGUCUCUUUUUGUAGCUGUCAUUACAAAGUCAUCCAUUUAUCCCACUUAGCUCAAUCAUGUCUAAAAUGUUCAAAGUAAGAUGCUUAGUUCUGGUUUGUUUGUUUCUCCUCUGGUUACAGCUGAUCAGGUGUCCUUAGUUGAAGCCAAAGUUGGGGCGGCUCUUUACUGGAUUAACGAGGGAGGAAAUAAAAGGGCGACUUCAUACUACUUUUGGAGAGAUGAGGGUUUACAUGAAAAAAAAAAAUGUUUUUCAAAGCUGUCCUUCAUUUGCUGAAGUAUGUACUAUAUUCCACUCAGUCUGUUGGAAUCAUUAUGACAACAAGGUACUUACUUAUACAGAUUUAUGUAUUUCCAUAGGACCUAUUUAUAUUUCUGUAUUUAUUUUAGACUCUCUUAAUAAGUGAUCUCCAUAUCAGAUAACAAUAAGCAAUGCUCACCAUGUUGUGUGUGUAUAGAGUUCAUAACAUGUCCAUGAUUUUUAAGGGAACAUUUACAUUAUAUAAUCUCUCUUCUUUGAUGAGACGUAGCAGUGGGACAUUUUUUUGUAACGUGAUGCUACAGACCAAGACUUUCUACCUGAAGGCUCAACCUUUUUUGUUUCAUGAAGACGGUGACUGGUUCAACACUUCUUACGAGGAUGAGCAACCUUCUGGUGGAGGACAGUAUUUUGACCGCUUUGCUAUUGAUCAAUGGAUAUCUAUUUUUUCUGCAUUUAACACAGGAACUAUGGGGAAAAAGCAAUAAGGGAACUGUAUAGGUAUGGUGUGACUGGAUGUGCACUCGGGGACAUUGCGCUGACCCACAAAAGCAGCCACAUAUGGUAGCCGUGGCUUGUUAUUUGUGUGGCGGUGAAGAGGGUGAGGCAAAUACUGCAUUGUCAAUAAGCACACAUACUGGAUGAAAUAAAAUGGUAUAGAAUAAAAUAUAAGAAAUA